CUGUAGAAGAAAUGUCCGAGAAGAGUCUUGUGAGAAACGUAAACAGGCAAAGAGUUUCCGUAAAAAUAAUGUUUCAACAGCAUUUUUCAUUUAGUUUUAUAUAACCAAUGUUUAUUUUUUGCGAAAAAUAUUUUGGUAUCGCAAUUUUUGACAAAUUUAGUGCAAAAAUUUCCCGUAAGCAAAUUCUUGUAAAAAAUUACGAACAUUUCAGAUAUGCAAAGGUGGGUAAUUAGCCUUAUUGGGAUAUUAACUGGGAUAAAUUUACUAACCUUUACAAUCAAUUAGUUAAUUAUUUACAUCUUGCUCUCGACCCCACGGUUUCCCGCCAUUUUUGCCGGUCGCUAUGGUGACGGGCAGGUGCGCGAACUUUCAUAAUACACUGAAGCAGACACUCACGCCACGCCACCUGCUCUUAUCAUUGGCGUAAUAUCCACAUUCACGACAAAUGAUCACGGGCGAAAAAAACUCUUUGAAGCGAAGAGUCUCAACAGGGCGUGUGCAGAAAGAAGGAAGAAAGGGAUUUUCGCAAAUGUCUAGAAGUUUGCUCUGUAAAAGACGGGAAAAUUAAGGAAAUUUGCUGCAGGAAGAAACGUGGGUUGAAUAUCUUGAAUUACAUCUUUGGAGCAAAGGUCGGAAGUGAGAGACAAGUUUUGGAAGACGGAAGAUUGAUGAUUCAACUUUGCAUUUGACAAGCAAAGUUUAUAACGGAAUUAUCUGCAAUUCCAUCAAUCCGGAUUUGAAACUGCGCUUCGCCGUAUAAAUGCAUUCAGUGAGAUUAGGUUGGUGGAAAUCUGGUGCGCACAGAUGAGCGGCGGGAAGAUUUGCCUGCAGGAUUGCAGCAUUGUGUACGAUCACUGACAAGCUACUAGUCGGUUCAAGUCAAGUUCAGUCGCUUAGCUUAGCUGUAAGCAACAAGAAACAUCGCAGAUAAUCCAGCUACCCUAGGAUGUUUAUUUCUCUUUUCAUCAUAUUUUGUGAAUCGGGAUUCCAUAAUAUAUAGUCGAUCUUAAAACAAGAUCGACAAGGAUCCAAGAGGGUAGCACACAUCUCAAAGAAGACUAAAUACGUGUAAAUCACAAAAUCGCAAGAGUUUACCCAAGCGAUAGCAAUACACCCAGCAACUUUGCGCGCAGUUUGGAUAGAGAAAGUACAAGGGUCGCAUUGCGUUACUUCCGGUCUAGCGGUGGUCACGUGCGAGCCCUUCAUGGGUUUCUAUGGGAGCAGCCCUACAGACGCUAGGCUUGGCGGAAGUAGCGAGUGAGAUAGCCUGCUGUGCUGGGUCAGCGGCGUGCGGUCUACUCUGCCGGAGAAAGCAAGGCAAUCAGGGUGCGCGUUCUCGGUUCUUCUACGUCCUUUUUCUCUGCGUCGGUAACUUGCUCAGUUUUAUCACUCUGGUGCCGGAUAUGCGGUACUAUAUUGGAAAGAUCCCGUAUCUAUGCGAUACGGUCACCUCCCCCCGUAUGUGUGACUCCUUAGUGGGGUACUCUGCGGCGUACAGGAUCUACUUCGCUAUGACUGUUUUCUAUUUUCUACUCAGUAUUCUAACGUACAAUGUCAGCUCGACCAAGCAAUUUCGCGCGCGGAUUCACAAUGGCUUCUGGUACAUCAAGCUUUCUUUUUUAUCGCUGUUGCUUAUAGUUGCUUUCUACAUACCCUUCACUAAAAUGUUCGGCAUGGUAUGGAUGUACGUCGGGCUUACUGGCGGCUUCAUGUUUAUACUGCUACAGAUAGUUCUAGUUAUUGACUUCGGGCACUCUUGGAGCGCAAGCUGGGCCGAGAAGAUAGAUGUGUUGAACACCAAGUGCUGGUUCUUCGCGCUGGCGUUCGCCACGGCCCUGAUGUACUGUAUAUCACUAGGCUGUGCCUCCUUUCUCUUUAUGUCGUUCACAAAUCCUACCGACAUGGCGCAGUGCAAAGCAAACACUUUUUAUAUCAGUUUUAACGUGGCGCACUGCGGGCUUGCAAGCGUUAUAUCUAUCCUACCCCAAGUCCAACGUGAGGCGACUGGGUCAGGUCUACUCCAGUCGUCUGUAGUGACAAUUUACACCAUGUACUUGACGUGGAACACGCUGUCAUCGCAACCCGACAGGACGUGUAAUCCUCUAGGCGACGUCAUCCUAGAGUACGACAAGGCCUCUGGCGUGAACGGGCAGGCAGUGUUCGGCUCCAUCUUGACGUUCGCGUUGUUAACCUUCGCGUGCACAGUACGGGCAAGCACCUCACAGCUCGGUAAGCUAGGCAUGUCUUUGGCCGACAACCCCGAGCACUUACGCCAUAGUAUCGGUCUAAAUAGAAAGCGACGCAAGAAGGCGAAGCGAGAUGUAGAGGCCGAGGGAGAGGAGGAAGACGAGGACAUUGCGUAUAGCUAUAGCGUGUUCCACUUUAUCCUCUUCCUGGCGUCUCUACACCUCAUGAUGGUCCUAACUAACUGGCACAGCCCGGAUGAAUCCGCCGACUUUAAAAAGCUCAUCAAGAACUGGGCCGCCGUGUGGGUUCAGAUGGCGUCGAGUUUCAUCUGCUGUCUUGUGUUUAUAUGGACGCUAGUAGCGCCACUGAUAAGAAAAUCUUGGGGAGACUUUUUUGGGUUAGAGCCCGGGGCGCCUCGAAAACCGUCCGCUAGACGGCCAAGCGUCGCACAGCUUAAAAAAGACUUCCAAGAUAUCCGGGAAAAGAAGAGUAAACCAUCUUUACAAGAUAAGAAUGCAUCACCUCAGAUUUUCGAAUCUUCGGAACUAAAGCGGCGUGUAUCCGCCAUUAAAGAUAUUGGAAUUAAUCCCGAUGCCUCAUCGGUAUCGCCUCGGAAAGUUGCAAGACAAUCCGAAUCUUCGACACCGAAGAAAUCUAUAUCGCCUCUCGAGGAGGCCUCUCUAAAGACUGUAGCAUCUCCAAAAAAGGAUAUUCAACACUCAGAGCAAUCUAUAUCGCCUCGGAAAAAUAGUCGAACUGUUCAUAAAAAAUCUCCAUUUGUAUCUCCUAGAAAAGAACUGAAAUCUGCGGAAGUUACCGUACAUAAAGUUCCGGAGGAAAUCGCUAAAAGUGUAAAAGAAAUCGAUGACUUCUCGAUCGAUCAAGAGAUUAGUCGUGCGGACGAUACGGCACGAGCUGCUAUCGAUAUUCCAAUGGGCUGUAGCUCACCAAUAAUGGAAGAGCCGAGAAUUCCUAGUAGGAUUUCGGUAGCAUCCGAAAGUCAUUCGGGACGACUUCGGCACACCGCUAUCCAAAUCAAUCAUCCUUUCCAAAGGGCUGCGCAGCAUACGGACGUAACGAGAUCACAUGACCCCGAGGUGGUGAAGGAAGUGCUGAGAUUACAAGAGAGGAUAUUAAGAUUCCAGGCGAAAAUAGUAAAAAUUCAGCACAAAAUGCUGCAGCUGCAGCAAGCUGGAAAUGUUGCACAAUCUCCUUCCAGACACGACGACACAAAACAGGGAUAGGCACUGUUUAAUUCCAA